AUGACUACUGAAAAGGUUUCAUUCUGUCUCAAUUGGGAAGUAGCUCCCUACCACAUCCCAAUUUACAUUGCCCAAACUAAAGGUUACUUCAAAGAUGAAGGAGUUGACGUUUCCAUCUUGGAGCCAUCAAAUCCUUCUGAUGUUACCGAACUCAUUGGAUCAGGCAAAAUUGACAUGGGAUUGAAGGCUAUGGUUCACACUCUCGCUGCCAAAGCAAGAGGAUUCCCUGUUACAUCUGUUGCCUCUUUGCUCGAUGAACCAUUCACCGGGGUCCUCUAUUUGGAAGGAUCAGGAAUCACCACUGAUUUCCAAUCAUUGAAAGGUAAGAAAAUUGGGUACGUCGGAGAAUUCGGAAAGAUUCAAAUUGAUGAAUUGACCGCUCACUUUGGAAUGACUCCAGAUGACUACACCGCAGUCAGAUGUGGAAUGAAUGUUGCCAAGUAUAUCAUUGAAGGAAAGAUUGAUGCUGGAAUUGGUAUUGAAUGUAUCCAACAGGUAGAAUUGGAAGACUACUUGCAAAAGGCAGGUAGACCAAUUAGUGACGCCAAGAUGCUUAGAAUCGAUGAAUUGGCAGAAUUAGGCUGCUGCUGUUUCUGUACAAUCUUGUACAUCUGUAACGAUGAUUUCUUAGCUCAAAAUCCCGAAAAGGUCAAGAAGAUUCUUAGAGCUUUGAAGAGGGCAACUGACUAUGUCAUUCAGAAUCCAACUGAAGCAUGGAGUGAAUUCAUUGAUUUCAAGCCUCAAUUGAACAAUUCUGUUUCUCAAAAGAAGUUUGAAAGAUGUUACGCUUACUUAUCAGAUUCACUUUUCAAUGUUCACCGUGAUUGGAGAAAGGUCACUGCCUAUGGUAAAAGAUUGCAGAUCUUACCACAAGAUUACCAAUCCAAUUACACUAACGAGUAUUUGACGUGGCCAGAGCCCAACGAAGAUCAGAAUCCCCAGCAAACCCAGAAGCAAAUGGCUGUUCACCAAGAGGAAUGUAAAUCAUGUGGAGGAUACCGUAGAUUAGUAGUUAAGGUCUAA